CAGCUCAGUCCGUCUCCACUCUGCCACUUUCAUCUCUGCACCUCCUCAGACAGACUCUCCGGUUUCUUUUUUACUUUACUUUGUUUUUCAUUUAGGCAAACGAUGAAUAGAAUAUUACUACUCACUUAUGGAGUUUUGGAUAAAUUAAAUAGGAAUGGAUGCUGCUGCCUUUGUUCGGAUAUCCUUUUAAAUAUUAACAAGUUGUCAUGUCAUCUCUGACUCGAAGAGGAGAAGACAGAUUUGCUGCCUCAGUCAGAGGAACACACCGGAGCUCAGAAGUGCAGCAUCACUCCGAGCCCGGUGGCUUUUCCUCGGGUGUGAAAGGCUUCAAUAAGGAGCGCCCCACUCCUGAAGGUGCUGGAGGCUCCAGAGGCGACCCACAUCGGAAUAUGUGUCAGAGAGCGGACGGUGUCCCGUCCUACAAGUCCCUCCCUGGAUACGGAGGAGACCGCAUCAGUACCACUAUGUCCUACGGCAGCGGCACUCUGUGCAGAGGCACUUUAUCACCGAUUCCUGGAUUUGGAAGACCGGAUAGGAAAGUUGCGUGCUGCGAGAAGUGCUCCGCGACCCUAGUGGCUUUGAAGAAACAAGCUCUGAGCUUGGCUGUUCACCAUCACUUCUCCUGCAAGGACUCAAGUGACCUGUCAGCAUUCCUCCAAGACAACCUACGUGUCCACAGUCGGUCCACUGCAGAAUCCCGGGACAGAGAGAGGGAUCAAGGCGAGUGUGGAACAUGCGGAUCAAACCUGAGCCAGCUGAAGCAAGAGGCCAUCCAUGUGGCUCUGAGCAGGGGCCAGUCAUUAGCGAGGACUCCCUUUGAAUCUGGCUUCAGUUCUAGCACACUGCUGGGACAAAAAGACACCAAGUACGAUGAUGGCAGGGCGUCCAGGGAAACCAUCAGGUCUGUGCAUCAGCUUCGCAGCCGGACCCACAGCCCUCACGGCACACAAAGCCCCAGGACACCCAGCAGCCCCAAGACACCUCAAAGGACCCCUCAAACCCUCAGACGGAGAGGGCCUAAAUACCCCAACCCUGAUAUGGACCGCUGGGUAGAGGAGCAGAAACAGCUGGUCACCUCCACCGCUGACAGUCCCAUUCCUUACCCUUGCAAUCAGGCUGCGGACAAAGUCACAUUGGGCUGUGGUGAUGCUGGGACUGUACAGAUAAGCUCAAAGAUCCCUCACAUAUCCAGAGUAGUCAACAUUGCCAACUCUGCUGCCAUGUCUUUUUUGGCCAAGGCAGCUGAAAAGCUCAAUCUGACGCUGAGGAAAAAAGGCCAAGCUACUGAUCCAGCUCCUGCUCAUCUCUCCACCUGCUUCAGGGAGAUGAUCCAGAAAAACCCACCACCCGUCCCCUCCUGCCUGCUCCAAGCUGCCACCAAAUCCAAAGACUCACCCAAUGUUGGCAAGGUCAAAGUCGUGCUGAGGGUGAACCCAAUGCUGUCAGAAAGCCAUGGCCAACCACCUGUCCUCCGAAUUGACCCAUCCAGGAAAAGAAUAACUAUAAUUGAACCCAUCUACAAAAGCCAACCACAUACUACAAUGACGCUCAGCAGAGAUGGAAGAAAUCUACUGAAGACCUUCAACUUCGAUGCCACUUAUUCUCAAGAUUCAAUCCAGGCCGAGGUAUGUGCAGGCGUCUUGACUGACGUCAUCCGCUGUGUGCUCAGUGGCAGCGAUGGAUGUGUUCUGGGUUUGGGAUGCGCUGAUGUGGGGUCUUGGUCCAGCAUGGUGGGAAGUGACAAGAGCACCCAGAGCCUCGGCCUGAUUCCCUGUGCCAUCUCCUGGCUGUACACUGCCAUUGAGCGGCGGAGGGAGAAGACUUGGACGGAUCUGUCGGUUUCAGUGUCCGCCAUCGAGCUGUGCUGCGGAGAGGAGGACACUCUGAGGGAUCUGCUGGGGGAGGUGGUCCCGUCGUUAGGCAGUAUCCAGGACAGCCCAACCCACAUUAGACUUCAAGAGGACCCUGUCUAUGGCAUACAGAUACGAAACCACAACCGGGUUAAGGCUCCCACUGCUGAACGUGCUGCUUCCCUCCUGGAUGCUGCCAUCACAGCACGUCGUCACACUGACUUUGUCACUUACCUGUCCCACAGUUCCAUAAUGUUCUUCACUCUACACGUCCAGCCCCCUCGUACAGAAAGCAGCACCAUUGGCAAAGGUUCACGUGGCCCCACCAAACUGACCUUGAUAGAUGUGUGUAGGGGUAUGAGUGGCGGGAUUCAACACAGCAACUGCAAAACUAAAUAUCCAUAUUCUGAACUGGGCCCUAUUGUCUUGUCUCUGCUGAGUGGACAUAAAACCAUCCCCAGCAAGAGCAACAAGUUAUCUCUGCUUCUUCGAGAGUCCAUGGGUCAUGUAAAUUGUCACACUGCAGUGAUUGCUCAGGUCGCUGAUUCACUGACGAACCUGCACGAGACCUUGUCCACAAUCCAGUUGGCUUCUCGCAUCCGCAGAACGCAAAAGAGGGAAAAGCAGUCCACCUCAUGUUCUCCUUGUGGAAGAAGUUUGACUAGAGAAAAGAGAGGGACUCCAUCUUUGUCUCUUCGAGCAUUCCACUCCACAGAAGAGGUAGAUGUUGACACCCGUCCUUUUCGCCUACGCAAUGAAUUCGAUGAGCGUUCCAGCAGUGACCAGUCCUGUGAUACAGUCAUCCAGAUAGACUCAGAUGGCUCGGUUCAGGCAAAAGCUGCCCCAAGACUAGCACAACCCAAAUUUGUGCCUAUCAUUCCAUCCUUGCACCCUAACAAGUCUGACAUGGAAGACCCAGAGUUCACUGCUCUUCUCAAAGAGCUUCUGAAAAUUCCUCAGCUGCAGGGAGAGAGGAAAAAAGAAGAACCUGUUACUGAAGCACUGAAAUCAGAAAUAAAGCCACCUGAAAGGGACUGUCUUAAAUGUGACACAUUUGCUGAGCUUCAAGAGCGUUUGGGUUGCAUCGAUGGAAGUGAAACAAUGGAUUUGCUCAAAUCUUCUUUCAAAGGCCCUUCUGUUAACAAUAUUACUAAAUCUGAGCCCCUGAAAGAAACACUGAAAUUAGCUAAUGAAACUUCAGAGGCUACACAGAAGCUGUUGAAACAGGGGUGCAGUAAGACAUUUGUUGCAGAAAAGCAAACAGAUGGUGCCUUCCCUGGAGACAGUUUUCAGAGAGAGGAUUCAGGGUUGUAUGACUGCGAGGAGUGUAGUGGAACCAGCUCUAGUGAAGAACUGCUGAAUCAAACUCUUGGUCUGGCCUUUCGUUCUGAGUUGCCUGAUACUGGAACACUUAAGUCUGAUAAUAAAGUAAAGUCUUCACAGCACUGUGAUGUGGAUGCUCAGCCUACAGGCAUUACCAGUUCCCCUGCCUUUGGACUCCAAUCCACAGGAAAACAGGAAACUGCUGAAGCUGCUGAUUGGUUCAAACCAGACAAAAGAACCUCACCUGUUGGAAAGAGCUCUCCUAUUUCUCCCUCUUCCACAUGCUCAUCUUCACAGUCGAUAGUAAACAGUGUUAUACUUGGGGAUGUCUUACCUAAUCUCCCCACAGUGGACAAUAAGGAAAUGAAGGCUACUAUCACAGUGACUGUUCAACAGCCACUUGACCAGAAAGGUCAGGAUGAACUUGUCUUCUCUAUGGUAGAGGAAGUGACCAUCAGUGGAGCCAUAAGCACUGGGAGGACAGGUGGAAACAUUAUUUGUUUCAGAGAUGCUGGACAGUCACCAGCACAUGCUCAAGGUUCCACCAGUUCUCAGGCAAUAAGAAUUAUCAGUAAUGUCAGUGAGGAAUCUGCAGCUCCAGAGAACACAACCAAAACCUCUGUAACCACAGAGGCUGACACUGAAAAGACCCAGUAUCAUUUCAGAAGGGAAAGAAGGGUUCUACCAUCAUUUAUUAAUCCAAUGUUGAUUAACACAGACAUGGAUUGUGAUCUGGACUGUCCAAACAAACAAGAAAAACCAGUGGGCACUUUAACUGGUGUCAAGUCUAGGUGUGAGAACACAAGGAUUGAUGUCAAAUGUCCAGAGCAAAUGAAGUUUCUUGAGCAGAAGAAUGAGAUCUUUGCUCCUGAAACUCAUGUUAAAAAGUUAGACAAGGUGUGUGAUUCAGCAUUUACUCAAAUUGCAUGUAAAACAGUAAUUUUGGAGGAUUCAACUUGUGGGGAGGAAAUGGCUGAAAACAAGAUGUGCAGAAAAAGACCAAAAAAUACAGACAAGAGCCAUUUUAGAGAGAGAGAACAUGUUUGUUCCACUAACACUCCAAAGAGCGCAGUGGGGGGAGAGCUUGUUUGCCAAAGUGAUGGGAAUUCUCCCAAGAGAAUUGGUGUUUCACCUGGUUGCCAAGAAACCUCCCCUUCUUCCUUUAAAACAAGUAGUUUGCCUGGAGGUUGGCAGAAUGCCAAGUACAAGGAUAGCUACAAUGGCCGUCAUAUGGCCGACCACAUUGACCCAGGAGGAAUGACAUCAUCCACCCCAUGCAGCCCAGGGGUAACCCUGGAGAGGAGGAAGGGCAGACAGUGCUCCCCAGCUAACCACAAUGCCCAUGUCUCAUCUCCACUGAAGUAUGUAACAGAGUAUAAACAGGAUGCUAGUUGCCCUCUUAAAAAAGGUGUGGCAUCUUUGUUUGAAAUGUCAAGUCUGAACAUGAAACAGGAUAAUAUCAGUGGGAGGCUGAAGUCACCCUUAGAGGACAGCAGCAGGCUCUUCAGUGUCAAACUUGAACAGCUUGCUAGCAGGACAAACUCCCUUGAGAGGACCCCCAGGGACUUGCCCAUUUUUGAUAGAAACAGCAGCAGCAACACCUCUAUUAGCUCUAAAGGGAGUUCCAAAGCAAAUACUGAGGCUGCUUGUAGGGGUACUAGUUACAAAGGAUAUAAUGAGGGAGACUGUACUUUACCAAGGGCUAGUCGGAGCCCCCGCAAGAAUCCUCGAUUGGACCAGGGUCACCACUUCUUCCCUUCUGAAAACCAUCCCUCUCAAUCUGCAAGGCAUUCCCAAACCAAACUCUCCGCUGUGGGUAAGCUUAAGAUGUCUAGUCCCAAAGUUCGUCGCUCGUCUGCCCCCAGCAUCAAGAACCUCAGUCUUCCCCACAAAAGCCUGCGACAGUCCAUCAACCGCAGUGCCAGUCUCUCCCCAGACAGUAAAAGUGUUAACUUUGAGCGGACCUCUUCCUUUUUUUCCUCUUCCCCUCCACGCUCAUCUCACUCCCUCAGUCGGACCCCAAGCCAGAGCUCCACAUGCUCAUCCACAAAAUCUGCUAUUCAGGGUUUUGUCAAUGGCAGGAUAUCAGACCUGCUUAAGGAAAGGGCCGGCAGUCCUACAUCAGGACUGGACCAAAUGACCCCUCUUCCCUCUCCAUACAGCCAAGUAACAGAUCCCCGUACACCCAGUCACAUGAGUGGUUAUGCCAGUGACACCACAAGUGUGUUGAGUGGUGAUUUACCACCAGCUAUGGGGAAGACGUCUCUCCAUUUCUCUAACAGGAACAGCAUGGUGAGCAGUGGUUAUGACAGCAUGGUGAGGGACAGCGAGGCCACCGCCAGCAGCACCUCAAACAGAGAUUCAGUCAGCGACCGGAGCAGUUCUCUCCUCAGUGUGGCUCGCAGCAGCCGCUCAUCUCGCAAGAGAGGCAGCACAGGCACCCACCAGCGCCAUCCUCCCAAUGAUGCAUCCACGUCUCUGAGGCGUUCCAACAGCGGCCUGCGGUCACGGUGGGCAGAACGAGGAAUCCCAGAGGCUUACGAGAUCAAGGUGUAUGAAAUCGACAAUGUGCAGCGGAUGCAGAAAAGAGCAGGUGCUGACAAACAGGGGCCCGUGUGCUUCAGUGCCAAGCUGAAGUUUUUGGAGCACCGCCAACAGAGGAUCUCCGAGGUCCGAGCCAAAUACAACAACCUGAGGAGAGAGCUAGAGCAGGCCAAGCACAACCUCAUGCUGGAGCCCACCAAGUGGAACCAAGAAUUCGAUCUGUGGCAGACGUUCGAAGUCGACUCCCUGGAGCACCUGGAGGCUCUUGAGGUGGUGACGUCUCGGCUGGAGAACCGGGUCAACGUCUGCAAAGCCAGUGUCAUGGUGGUCACCUCCUUUGACGUCACUCCCAGGAGGCAGCAAAAGAAGCGACGGCGAAGAAGUGCCGGAGCAAAAAUGGCUUCAAGGGCAUCUGAGCUGAAUUCUAGAAAGCAUUGAAGCAUUUAUGUAUCUAUUAUUUAUUUUGAAGGACAAAGUGAAAAUAUGCACUUUUCUUUUCGUUAACCCACACUUUACCUCUUGUCCAGUUAAUUUAACCUGGUGCCACGGUCUGGUCUGGUACGAUACAGUAGGUACAGUACUUCCUGGACAUGUUCACAAUAACAGUUUAAUCUGUUUUAAAACCUUAAAAUCUACUCUUAUUCCAUUAUGAGGCAUUGAUUACACCAUGAUGCAAGUUCCCAACUUAAUAACGGCACAAAGCAUUAAUUUAAUACUUUUUAAAUAUAGCUUGAAAUAACUCUUGAAACCCCUCUUUUCUUGUUAUUUCUUAAUAUGGAGUAUAACAGACAUUACAAUGCUAACUUAAAGGUGAUAAAUUCAGACGCUCUAUAUUCUUAUUUCCAUGAAAAGGCUUUGAGACACUUCGUAUCACUUCAUGACAAUAACGCAACUACUGUAGAUACUUGUCAUAACAUAUCGUAACAUCAGUGCAGGGCUAUUUACUAUCAAAAGAAAGCACCUUUGUGAAUUUCUUAACUCAGUUAAGUAAUUUCAGGAUGCGUACCUCAGCAUCUUUAACACUUCAAGUAUCCACUGUGACUCACAGAAUAAACUUAGGGCAAAAAACAUUUUUUUGUGUUAUCUAUAAAGAUUAAAAAAUGGUGAAAAAAACAAAACAAAAAAGAAACGUCACUACUGAAACUUGACUGUGCAUCUUUUUUUGUUAUUAUUUUUGUGCAGAAAGUGAAAACACAAAGCUGUCUCAACCUAAUGAAAUGAUUAAUUUACCCAAAGAUUAUGCUUUUUUCAUCUAUGAUUUUUAAGAUAUUUGACCAUUGCUGUUACCUGUAUUUUCCUACUGAGUGUCUAAAAGCCAUGCUACGCUGAUGUAUAUACAUUUUGGUGCUGAAUAUCUUUUAAAACUCUUGAAAAAGUGUUUUUGGUAAAUAAUGCAGGAUGUAAAGCAGGAAGCAAAUUGGUUUUCCACUAACUGCCUGAGAGGUCCAGUGAAAGUUACAGCCGACUGGGACAACAGUGUGAAUUUUUUACUCUCUUCAGAUGAUGGCGAUUCAUGAUCAAUAACAGGCCCCUAAAACACAUUAGUAAAUGAUUGGGGGGCCCGAAUAAAAAAUGUGGAUUCUCCUCUCAGUGUAAUGGAGAAAUAAUUACAUUAGAGAAAUAACGUCAUUGUGCCUGAAGAGCCUUGUGGCAUCAAUGUCACUGAGCCAAUUGGAGAGAAUGCGCUGAGUGUGCAGCGGACAGCGCUGCCAUAGGUUUUCUACUUAGACAAAUGCAUUUUAAACACACAUAAAACACUGGAGCUUUGUUUUGUGGUGUCUUAUAAAUCAGCAUGUUGUGUGUCACUGUAAACAUUUGACCACAGUUCAGUUGUAUUCUGUGUUUGAUUUUGUCAAUAAUAAAGACCAUAUACUGUU